CCACGACGCGCAUCGACGCCGAGCACCGCGAGCACCGCGACGACGUCCCGUCCGCGAUCCGCGUUCCGCGCCCAGCGAUACGUGCCGAGACACGACCAGACGUCGUGGGCGUCGCCAUCAAAUUUUAUGGAAAUUCCCCCGGUGUGAAGGGGAGGCUGUCAUUGGCCGUCGCGGCGUGUCGUGUGCGCGUGUGCUGUCCCUGCCCUUCCCUCCACGUUUUGCCGCUCGGAUUGACUUGUCAUCGCGCGUCAAAGUGUCCAAAGGAUUGGGACCGAUUCCGGCCCUCACCGACCCGACUCGCCGAGUGUCAAAGUGCUCUGUGCUCCGUGCCACCGUUGUAGGGCGUGAGUGACACCUCUUUACGAGCCCCACGACUUUUACGAGCGCAUCGCCUCCGUUUACGACCGGCUUGCCGCUCACUUUGUGCUGCCGUGUGUGUGUGUCCCAGUGCUUGCUUACACUUUCGCCGGGUUUUAUCGUUUCCUGAGUGCCGUGAGAAAAGUGAUCAGUGAUUGUGCCGCCACAGUGUGAAGUGUCAAGUGCCGCCGACUCUUUGGAUCUGCAGUGAUCAGUGAUUGUGAAAGUGUGCGUGUGAGGAGUGACCCGCGUGGAAUCACCGUGCCACUCUGCGACGCCCCCUGGCCGCUGUCAAGCCGCUGUCAACCUCUUGACAGCUGUCAGUUCGACCCCCACCCGCUGCCAUCCGCCCCAACAUGGUCCUCCUCGCGGUCCGUCGCCAUGACGACGACCUCUGAGGCGUCCCCGCGACCCGCGUCGGCCAGCACGUGAAGAAGACCCUCUCGCACGUCUCGAAGGUCCGCUGCGAGGCCGGGCCUUGAGCACCGCGGCACCACGCUCCAAACGGCCCCCGUGCUCAGCGCGGCCCCGACGUCCUCCCCGGGACUCGGACAGCUCUUCGACCCCACCAGUCCCCAGCAAGUCGCCACCAUCGCUGCCACCAUGAACUCGUACUUCGAGCAGACGGGCUUCUACGGGAGUCACCAUCACCAGGCGGCCGCGGGCGCCGCCGGUCACCACCACGACCAGACGGCGGCGGCCUACCGCUUCCCGCUGGGGCUGGGCAUGUCGCCGUACACGUCCUCGCAGCACCACCACCACCACCUGCACCAGGCCCGGCCGCCACAGGACUCGCCGUACGACGCCAGCGUCGCGGCCGCCUGCAAACUCUACUCGGCCACCUCGGACUCGUCGCAGCAGGGCUCCGUCAACUACUCGACGGGCUCGGGCAAAACGGACUGCGUCAAGUCCGGCCUCUCCGACUCCCAGCAGCACCAGAAUGGGUACGCCGCCGUGGUGGCCGCCGCCAAGGAGUGGCAGACGGCCAACUCGGGCAACGCCGUGGGCUCCAACAGCCUCGUGAGGCCGUCCGCCUGCACGCCGGACUCGCGCGUCGGCUACGGCGGCUCCGUCGGCCUCGUGGGCGGCGACCCCUCCACGUCACCGGGCUCCGCCACCGCCAGGACGUCGUCGGCCACCUCGCUGGGCGGCUCGUGGAACACGUGCUCCCUCAACUCGACGUCCAGCCAGCCCGCCGUCGCGACGCAGCUCCACCAGCAGCCCUCCAACCACACCUUCUACCCCUGGAUGGCCAUAGCAGGUGGGUGCUUUGGUGCCAACGGACUGCGGCGGAGAGGACGGCAAACGUACACCCGCUACCAGACCCUGGAGCUGGAGAAGGAGUUCCACACCAACCACUACCUGACGCGGAGACGGCGCAUCGAGAUGGCCCACGCCCUGUGCCUCACCGAGAGACAGAUCAAGAUCUGGUUCCAGAAUCGGCGGAUGAAGCUCAAGAAGGAGAUCCAGGCCAUCAAGGAGCUCAACGAGCAGGAGAAGCAGGCCCAGGCGCAGAAGGCGGCAGCGGCGGCGGCGGCGGCGCAGCAAGACCAGAACUAGGGUCUGCUGCUCCGGAGGCACCCGAGCCACGGCUCGGACAGCUUCCAGAGCAACCCGGCAACCCCCUGGUCGUAGCCGACCGCCCCCUCCGAGGGCCCCCUCGCGACCCGCGCCGCGGUGUCCCCUGUGACGAACUCUCUGAGCCCGCGGCGUGCCUGCGUGGCGUGUGACUGUGUGACUGUAUGUGUGCGUGUGAGUGUGUGUGAGAGCGUGUGUAUUACACACGAGGACAGAAGCUGUGAUGGCCUUCAUCAUAGACUAAGUCGAACCGAAACCAAUGAACCAAAUGUUUUCGAGUGUUAAUAUAUAAAGUAUAAUGAUUGAAGGGUUUAUUUAGUGAGUAGAGUUAAAUUUAUUAUAGUUAAAAUUUAAUAUUGUAAACAGUGUACCGUUCCAAAUACGUUUUACAGCUGGGCUAUUUGUUUGUUUUUUUGGGUGUUUGUUUUUGUUAAUGUUUGAAUUUCGUUUAAAAUUUUUGCUUUUAUCGUCGAUUUGCGUCUUGAAUAGACCGGGUCUGUCUGGCUACAAAUUCUUUUUUAUUGAUCUGAACUUACGAACAGUGUGAGUUCGUUUACCUAGCCAUAAAAAAAGUUACCGAGAGAGAAGAAAACUCGGUGCGAAAUUCAUAUUUAGUUUUAAUUUUAACAUAAGCUGUUACAAAGUUCCUUCAUGAACGAGUCUGAUUUAGUUGUUUUUUUUUCUGUAUACGCAGUGUAUCGCCAUAAUUUCCAUAACCAAAUGAUGCCGACAGAAAUUUUCAUUGAAAUAAGUCUUAGCACAUACAUAUCACACCUUUGACAGAAAAUGCACUUUUUUAAAGUUGCGUUUCCCACCGUUAUUUUUUCUUUCUUCAAAAUUUGUUUUUGUUUGGUUUUCACGCAAAAAGAAAUUAAGCUUUUAUAGGAUGCCACAAGUGGCUCGAACAAGGCGUCCAUUUGGAAUGGUCAAAGGUAUUUGAACAACUACUAUACACCAUACUGAAUGAACUGAAAUCAUUUAGAUCUGAUCAUUUUUGAUCAUUAUUUAUUAGCAUCGUUUCAAUCAAAAUAUUGCGUUGUUUUUAUAACAAAUAAAUUUUGCAUUAUACAUUCUUAACAAUUUCAUUGAAAAUAGGCAUGUUUCAGAAAAAAUCAACCUUUUUGUAGUUAUUGCCUUAGCGGAGUGCUGUUGUAUUUUGUCAAAGAGUCUUUUCACCCUCUAAGGCAUAUACUGGCCCUGUAAACUUUUCCAGCUUAGUCUAAUGUAUACGAGAUGUUUUCAAAGUGGACGUAAGAUGUAGAAUGUUUAUUUUUCAGCUCAAACCAAAGCGGAAAUUAUAGCAGAGCUGUUAGGCUUUCCCAAAUAUAGCUUUAAAUAAAUGGAUGAGUGCAAUAUGUUUUGUUGGACAGAUGAGCGAAAUGUUACGUCGGAGGACGGAAUGCACACAGACAGUGGAAUAGAUAAGUAAUGCAUCACAGCUCUGAAUGGAAGUCAUUGAAGUAAAAAAAAAACCUUAAAAAGGGUGACAGAGUACUGCAAAAGUGUGGUGAUUGCGAUGUGGCCAUACUGUGUUAUUAGACAUCAAAUUUAUUAUUUAAACAAAAUAAAAUGUGGAAUGAACGGCAAAGUGUCAUUCGAUCACCUCUGAGCGUUGGUGCAGUGAUUUUACCCAAAAGUGUUGUGCAUUUUGUGAAAGAUACAUGUUUCAGUAUUUUUAGCAGUUUACAUAACAUUGAUCUUUUUUCAUUUUAAUUAUAUAUGCCGUGAAAAUUUUUGAACACUGCAUCUUCGCAAACAUUAUGAUCAUCUAGUCUUCAACUUUUAAAGUAUCAUUUUUAUAGAUUUCUGAGUGCGUAAUUUUAUUCUAUUCGGUUUCUGCACACCUUAGGAACGUGCGCUACGCACUCAAUGUUAUUUGUUUCUGUAGUCUUGUUUCUGUUUUGUAAAAUUUUAUUUGAGUAUUGUUACUCGGCACGUGUGCCCUCUGUAAAAUGCGGUGCAACUAUGCAAUAUUAGAGAUAACUUUCAGCGGUUUCCUUGUUGCUUUCUUAUGGGAGAAAUUGUGUCGCUUAGACUUGCAAACACUCGAGUGUCCAAGAGUUUAUAUUUGUAGUGUACAGUAUUUCUUGUUCUUUGUGCGUCUUAAAUAUCAGUCAUUUUACCAAUUAAAAUAAAUUAUUGAAAACGGUUAAUACCAUUUUGUACAUAUGCGGUAUAUUUUGACAUUGGCUAUUGAAGUAAAUAUAGAGCGUAUUGUAUGUAUUUCUUGAAUACCGUGAGAAACAUUUUUGGCUGCUGGGGGCUGCGGUUAUGACCCGGGGUGCAGACAAGUCAGCGCCCAUGCCGGAAUGCCUGUUUGGCCGGGCUGGAAAGCGCGCUGGAUUGAGACUUCAUUGUGUUGAUAUGAAACAAAGGGACGCGGAAUACAGAUGAAGAACACAUUCCGUAACUUGGAAUCCGAACCGUCCCAAAAGCCGCUCCCUCACAAUAAAGACUUCAAAAUGUCUAGGUCUUGUCUGCACGCUGUGCUCGGUCGCUCUCACCCCGCAUCGCAAGCGUGACCCCCGGCACGGACAAAAAAAGGAAAUUUAAAGGUUCUCACUUGUGAUUGUGUUGAGUAUUGAGGAAUAAUUAUUCUGUGUAACCCGAGUGUCUUGAAGGCUUACGGUCUGCAAGCGUCUCACCUCGUCUGGUCGUCCUGUAUGUGUAUAUUUUGUAUUAUAAAUAUAUACAUAUAACGUAGAAUGUGUGACGUGAACGCUUUUCAUGAGAAUAUAUGAUAUAUAUUUAUACCCUUGAAUGAAAUAUUUUGUACUUUCAUUUCAGGUUUUUUGAGACUUGCAAAAAAUUGACCUCCUUAAUGUGAGCAAUCGAGACUUAGUCGUUGCUGUUCGUAUACGGUACACAUACCUCACAAUGCAAAGAUUUCCAAUGUCCUUGCUACGUGUUUACAAUAAAACAAAUACGUAAUUACACUCCCAAUAGAAUUGUAAUUUGAAAACGAGUUUAUGUAGUCUAGGCCUAAUUUUCACUCUUAUGUCGUAGCUGGUCUCUCGAAAAAAUGAAGAUUGCUGACCUUUCUUGUUUUAAUUAGAUUUAAUUGUGUAUGCUAGAGUUUUCCAGUGAAAGGUAUGAAAUUAUUCACUCUUUUGAAAGAUUGGCUAUGUUUCUAGUUGGCAGUGCUUGUUUUAUGAACUGUUCUUAGUCUCGUAAUUUGCUCAUUGUUUACUAUUAGGCAGAUUCAUUUGACGGUCCUGGAAAUGAAUGUGCAAUUUAAACGCAAUGUUUACUUAAAGUUUGGCUGUGUCUGUUGUUUGUUUUACUUUCUUCUUUUGUUUGUAGCCUUAGCUAUAGCAUAGCUAUGGACAGUAGUUUUAAUUUCGAUGAUAACAAGUUAUUUAAUUGUAUCUGUAUCAUUCAAUGUAUAAAGUACCGUACUAUAGGCCACCCAGUGUUUAUUGACAUGAAGCAGUGUGAAAAUGACGGUGUGCAACUCGCAUUUCAUUUGUAUACGAUAACUUGGAUAGUACAAGUUAAUUUAUAAGAGGAAAAAUAAAAGAAAUGUCGUCA